AUGCCUCAACCACCAAUGUCCAACAUUAUACAGGACCAUUUCACGGAGAAAGCGCCAAGUUUUAUCAAUAAAGCCAGGUCCAGAAUUGCCGAACCCGUUGUUGCUGCUUUCAUAGCCGGAGGAGUAGCGGGUGCGGUGUCGAGGACACUUGUAUCACCACUCGAACGUCUCAAAAUCCUCCUCCAGAUUCAGAGUGUCGGCAGAGAAGAAUACAAAUUAUCCAUAUGGAAAGCGCUCGUCAAAAUCGGAAAGGAGGAGGGAUGGAGAGGCUUCAUGCGCGGAAAUGGCACGAACUGUAUUCGCAUCAUUCCUUAUUCAGCGGUUCAAUUCGGCAGCUAUAAUUUCUACAAAAAGUUCGCGGAAUCUUCGCCAAAUGCCGAAUUAUCAGCCAUGCAGCGGCUUCUUUGUGGUGCCGCUGCCGGCAUCACAUCCGUGACAAUUACUUACCCUCUUGAUAUUGUCAGAACUCGACUCUCUAUCCAGUCAGCGUCAUUUGAAGCUCUCAGUCACCGAGGGGUUGGCGAGCAGUUACCGGGCAUGUUUACCACAAUGGUCUUGAUAUAUAGAAACGAAGGCGGUAUUGUAGGUCUUUACCGUGGCAUUGUGCCUACCGUUGCUGGUGUCGCCCCCUAUGUUGGCCUCAACUUCAUGACGUAUGAAUCGGUCCGCAAGUAUUUGACCCCUGAAGGUGAUGCGACACCAGGACCCCUGCGUAAACUACUUGCCGGUGCAGUUUCUGGUGCAGUAGCACAAACAUGCACAUACCCAUUCGAUGUUCUCCGACGACGCUUUCAGAUUAAUACAAUGUCUGGGAUGGGAUAUCAAUAUGCAUCAAUUACGGACGCCGUAAGGGCCAUUGUGGCGCAAGAGGGCUUGCGUGGCCUGUUCAAAGGAAUCGUGCCAAAUCUUCUCAAAGUGGCUCCCAGUAUGGCUAGUAGUUGGCUCAGCUUCGAGUUAACCCGGGACUUCUUAGUGGGUUUGGAGAAAUGA